UGCGUCCGCGCAUGCGCACUACCAUUGUCCGCGCUCGUGUGGGGCCCGUGAGGAUCCAGCGGGAGUGUUAGCUGUGUAAUGGCGGCUUCGGUGUUGCUCUCCGCGGAAAGCGCCGUGCCCUCUUUUACCGUCGGCCAUCCCGCCGGAGUUACGGCGGCAGGAACUACCCAUCACGGAUUAUCCAAUGCGCCUGGACCCGCGUCCUGGAACCGCUCGCUGGAUCGGGCGCUGGACGAGGCGGCGGCCACUGGAGCGCUCAACCUGAGCGGCAGGAAGCUGAAGGAGUUCCCGAGGAGCGCCGCCGGACACGACCUGACCGACACCACCCGGGCCGAUCUGUCACGAAACAGGUUGACGGAGCUGCCGGUGGAGGUGUGCAUGUUUGUGUCGCUGGAGAAUUUGAACCUGUACCAGAACUGCCUACGUUCACUACCAGAGAGUCUGGUCAACCUACAGUCCCUCACCUACCUAAAUAUCAGUCGGAACCAGUUGUCCACUCUCCCCGCUCAUUUGUGCCGACUGCCGCUCAAAGUUCUGAUCGCCUGCAAUAACAAGCUGAUAUCGCUGCCGGAGGAUCUGGGCAAACUCAGACAGCUCACUGAACUGGACGUCAGCUGUAAUGAGAUCCAGACACUUCCUCCACAGAUCGGUCAGCUGGAAGCUCUACGUGACCUCAAUAUCCGCAGAAACCACCUCGUUCGCCUGCCUCCUGAGUUGGCUGAGCUGCCGUUGGUCCGGCUCGAUUUUUCCUGCAACAAGGUAACAACAAUCCCUGUAUGCUACCGCAAUCUCAGACACCUUCAGAGCAUCAUUCUGGACAACAAUCCUCUGCAGAGCCCACCUGCACAGAUCUGUAUAAAGGGAAAGAUCCAUAUAUUUAAAUAUCUGAACAUGGAGGCUUGUAAAGCAGCAUCAGACCUUCCAGACUACGAGAGACCACUGCCCUUCGGAUCCUGUGCAGAGGAUUUGUAUUCCGGUCGGCCGUAUGGAGCUCUGGACUCUGGGUUUAACAGUGUGGACAGUGGCGACAAGAGGUGGUCAGGAAAUGAGCCUUCAGACGAGUUGUCAGACUUGCCUUUGAGAGUGGCAGAAAUCACCAAAGAGCAAAGACAGAGACGAGAUCGAGAAAGAGAACGUGAGGAUCAUCGGACGGGGUCUCACAUCACCAAUGGCACAUUGGAAGCAGAGCUUGAACAGAUAGACUUCAUUGACAGCUGUACAGGGGACGAUGAUGAGGAGGAUGGGCGGAGCCGUAGAGGGACAGAUCCAGUCAGCCUCAGCUCUCAGUUUAUGGCCUACAUUGAAAGACGAAUCACCAGAGAGGGUUCACCUAUGAAGACUAGCCCAUCCAGAGACUUAAGAACUGAUGACCCAAGACGCCAAACCUCCUUACAUAACCGUGGUGGGUCAGAUACGGCGGUCACGUCUUCAUACACUCAUAACCAGCGGUCUGCUGGUGUGGCGUCAGGUUCUGGUGGUGGUGUGGAGAGAAUAAGACGAGAAGCUCAGCUGGCGGCACUGCGGUACGAGGAAGAGAGACAUAAAACAAGACCAGCGCAAAGAGAUGUGGUGAUGAAUUACGUCAAGCAUAAAUCAACUCCAAGCCCUACAAAGCUCAGUCCAACAGACAGCGAGAGUCUGUACCCCUCCAGACGGUCCACUCACACAGAUGACUCCGCCCUUUUCAUGAGUGAGUUUGAGCCUCUACUGAUAUUUGAGAUAGACACAGAUACCAACACUAUAAAGAAGAGGCCAGACCCUCACAAACAGUCUCUCUCUGCUGUGCCGCUGGAUGGGUGUGUGUCUCCCACUUUAUCCGUCGCCCCCUCCUGUAUGCCGCAGCAAGGUGAAGAUUAUGCCUCGCUGUCACCCACUGCCCUUCAAUCACCCACUUACCCCAGCCCUGCUGCCCCGUCCUCCUCCCGCGGCCCCAACCAGCGACCUGAGAGUUAUUUGUUCCGCCUUAGUCAGCGAGAGGAGAAAAAAAAAGGAGAAUCGGGAACACAGAAGACGGAGCCAGUGGAAGCCACUCCCACACAGUCUCCAGCCCCAACGGGAGAGGAGGCGGUACUGAUAGAGCAGCUGAGAAGGAAUAUCGAGUGUCGACUCAAGGUGUCUUUACCCAGUGAUCUUGGGGCAGCUUUGACUGACGGGGUCGUGUUGUGCCAUCUGGCCAACCACGUGCGUCCCCGAUCCAUACCGAGCAUCCAUGUACCCUCACCGGCAGUGCCCAAACUGACAAUGGCCAAGUGUCGACGAAAUGUGGAGAACUUCCUAGAGGCUUGCCGCAGAAUUGGAGUUCCUCAGAAUCAGCUGUGUCUUCCCCUGCACAUCCUGGAAGAGAGAGGUUUGGCUCAGGUGGCCGGGACGGUUCGUGCCCUCCUCGAUCUGGCUCCUCCAAAGCACACGCCUUCCCCUAGCACGACCCCAACCAGCGCCAGCACUGCGUCUCCCCUCGCUCUGUAGGACCGAGCGGUAAAUGGGCGAAUUGCAAGGAAUGUCCUCCCAUCAGCCCCAAAGAUCUUUAAGACUCUUUUCUGCUCUAGAGAGACCCUUGAACGGUUCUGUAACGGUAACACUCACACACACACACUACCUGCUUUGUGAACAAACCCCUCUUCAAACCCGAACCAGCCUUCAGACAACAGAGGGGGAGAAGAGACGACUGACGGGACAGAGAAACAUGUCCAGAGACUUCUUAGAAGCAAUAUUUCUCUUUCAUUUUAACAGUUAGUUUUACACUUUAAUAUCUUUAACUAUUAUGGGUGGUGUUUUUUGUAUUACUAUUAUUAUUAUUAUUAUUAUUAUUAUUAAUAUUAUUAUUAUUAUUGACUCUCAAGUGAUGUGGGAAUGAGAGUUGGCCAAAACUACCCAAGCUCACAUAUCUGAGAGUUACAGUGGCUGAUGGUUAAAUCUCACAAAACCUGUCUGGGUCACUUUUAACCCUGAAAUUAUAUAAACAAGAUAUUAUGCUUAAGAAAUUGAAGCUUUUUUUUUUUUUUUUUUAAUAUGGACCCUUAUGAUUUUUUUUUUAUUGUGACAUUAUUUUUAUGACAAACAAAUUCACAAACAAAUUACCGCAAUGGAAAAAUAUGAAUAAAUAUUAUUUAAACUGUAAAGUAUUUAUACAUUUAAUUUAAUUUAUUAAAUUAAAUUACAUUUAUACAUUUAACUUAUGUGAAUUUAAAUAAUACAUCAUUGUAUAGUCAUAAUUUUACUGAAUUACAGUAAUGAGAAUAACUAUUGAAUAAUGAUCAUUAAAAAAAAAAAAAAAAAAAACACUAAAAUAAAACUUCUAAGCGCAUCACUGUAAUGAGAAUUUAGGAAAUGAGCUUAAAGGGUUAGUUCACCCAAAAAUGAAAAUUCUGUCAUUUAUUACUCACCCUCAUGUCGUUUCACACCCGUAAGACCUUAGUUCAUCUUCGGAACACAAAUUAAGAUAUUUU